AAAAAGAGGUCCCGGAGACCAGAGAUCUAGCGACUGAAGCAGCAUGGCCAAGCCGUGUGGAGUGCGCCUGAGGGGGGAAGCCCACAAACAGGUGGAGGUCUUCAGGCAGAAUCUUUUCCAGGAGGCUGAGGAAUUCCUCUACAGAUUCUUGCCACAGAAAAUCAUAUACCUGAAUCAGCUCUUGCAAGAGGACUCCCUCAAUGUGGCUGACCUGACUUCCCUCCGGGCCCCACUGGACAUCCCCAUCCCAGAUCCUCCACCCAAGGAUGAUGAGAUGGAAACAGAUAAGCAGGAGAAGAAAGAAGUCCCUAAGUGUGGAUUUCUCCCUGGGAAUGAGAAAGUCCUGUCCCUGCUUGCCCUGGUUAAGCCAGAAGUCUGGACUCUCAAAGAGAAAUGCAUUCUGGUGAUUACCUGGAUCCAGCACCUGAUCCCCAAGAUUGAAGAUGGAAAUGAUUUUGGGGUAGCAAUCCAGGAGAAGGUGCUGGAGAGGGUGAAUGCUGUCAAGACCAAAGUGGAAGCUUUCCAGACAACCAUUUCCAAGUACUUCUCAGAACGUGGGGAUGCUGUGGCCAAGGCCUCCAAGGAGACUCAUAUAAUGGAUUACCGGGCCUUGGUGCGUGAGCGAGAGGAGGCAGCCUAUGGGGAGCUCAGGGCCAUGGUGCUGGACCUGAGGGCCUUCUAUGCUGAGCUUUAUCAUAUCAUCAGCAGCAACCUGGAGAAAAUUGUCAACCCAAAGGGUGAAGAGAAGCCAUCUAUGUACUGAACCCAGGACUAGAAGGAAAAUAAAUGAUCUAUAUGUUGUAUGGGAAAAAAAAAAAAAAA